GCGCGCCUGCCCGCCGACGCCACUCCGGCACGCUCCGUCACCGCGCACGCCAAAGUUUUUUUUGCAAAGUACACGAGUUCUGUUGAGUAGCGACAAUUGUGACCAUGAAGCAAGGGUUGUUGGUGUUGAUCGCGGUGUGCGCUGUAGCCGUCGCCAUGGUGCCUAGGAAUAGGAGAGCUGUGGACACCGAGGAAGUGGAGGACAAGGCUGAGAACACCACCAGAACGUGCGCCCCUCAGACGCCCUGCUUCUGGGCCAUUUACGAUCAGCACAGCAAAGUCAUACAGAUAAAUCUAACUAAUACAUAUUGCGUCUGCGGCGAUGGCACGGUGUGCAAGAUGAUCGAGGAUGACUCGACCACAAACGCCUUGGUGCACAAAUGUCGGAAACCUUCGGAGGGUGAUCUGUUGAGCUAGCGAGCUUCUCAAGAAAUGAAGAGAGGUCGCUUAAUCUUCGUGCCCGGACUUAAUCUAUGCUCAUAAAGACUGUUCCUUAGUAGAUACAGAUACUAAAUCCCAUUAGAUGUUCAGAGGAUAUUACUGAAAUCAAAAUCGGCAGUAGGCCACCUGCAAGAUAUUUUGCAAGUUACCAAACUACCGGUCACUUAACAUCCAAAAGAUAUAACUAUAUUUGCAUUUCUAAUAUUUUACCUUAACAUAUUUGUAGUAUGGAUUCCUAUAAAAUGCAGAACGCAAAUGAUUAUUAGGUAUCGUCACUUGCACAUCACACACAUUGCAAUCGGUUUUUAAGUAUAUUAUCGGAUCAUUAUGAAUUUAUAAGAUGUUUUAUCCAAAGUAAACACCUACCUACGUAGAUAGAGUCACGGGGACUACUAGUCUCAGCAAUAUUAAUUUAAAUGACAGCAGUUCACUCGUAAUUAUUAACAAACACUGUUUUCAAAGCUGCGAACUGUAUAUUUGUGCUAAUUUGUUUCUUAAUAUAAAGUCAUCUCAAGCCACCGAUACAAAUAUCCGUAUAAAUGCUUCCAUUUUGUCAAGUAAUGUUAUUUUACGAACUGUACAUUCUACGUAGUUUUGAGCUCGCCUUAUUUCUUUUUCUUAUUACAAUUUGUAGCUGCCGGAGUGUUUGUUCGAACUAUUUUUUGAGUAUAAGCUUUUCUCAGUAACUAAUUAUAUUAUUAAUAGAAUAGAUAACGAUAAGUACUUACUAAUUGUAGUUUUUCUUUUCAUAAUUUAGUUAUUAAGUCAUUCACAAUCACAAUUUACCGAUGGAGAUCAAGCACGUCAUUUUUAAAGUUCCUAUUUUAUAUACAUACAUAUUUUAAUGAUUAUGUUUAAUGUACCUAAGUUUAAGUAAUUAUUCUAAGACAUUUGGUUUUGUACCGAUAGCGACUAGCUUACGUUGACAAAUAAAAUGACAUAAUAAAAUAAAGUUGUAUUAUUAGUUCGAUCAGAUUAAUCUUGUGUUUAGUAUUUGGCGUAAUAAAUGGUCAACAACUAAG